UGUCCACAGAUGCUGACUGCAAACAGCGAGCAAACAAGCAUCCAAGUGAAGGGCUCUGUGUCCGCAGGCAUCCAUCAUGACGGGCACGGUGCAGAGUGUGGCCCUCGAGGGCAGGCCCAGCCACCGGCCCUGGCGGAGGGGCCAGGAGGCACGAGCGUCCCCUGAAGAGAUGCAGGAGCUGCUGCUGCCGACACCCUUAGAGAUGCACAAGGUGACCCUGCACAAGGACCCCUUGCGGAAUGACUUUGGUUUUAGCGUCUCUGACGGCCUCCUGGAGAAGGGUGUCUAUGUCCACACUGUGCGCCCUGAUGGGCCAGCCCAACGUGGGGGCCUCCGGCCCUUCGACAGGGUUCUUCAGGUCAACCAUGUUCGCACGCGGGACUUUGACUGCUGCCUGGCCGUGCCGCUCCUGGCGGAGGCAGGUGACGUCCUGGCGCUGGUCAUCAGCCGCAACCCACUGACCCAGAGCGGCCGAGCCCCACGAGCACCAGGCCCCAACAGCCCCCGGAUGCUUUGAAGUCAGCACGUGGUCUGGACACCCAGGGUCCUCGGGAGUAGGUCCUGGCCCCCAGACCUGUAACUGGGCUGGAGACCUGGCCACUCACUUAUCCAUCUGUCCGUCUGGCAGGCUCUGAGCCACGGACUGGAAUCUGUCUCUAUUCUCUGGUUCUCUGGUGCCUGGAGUACCAGGCAGUGAGGUCCCUGCCCCAAUUGGAGUGACAUCUAGGUCUUUCUCCAUGUUGGGACUCCAAGAUGUCCAGAGGAGCCCCACUCAGUUGGGGUUGAGACAGGCUGCUCAGCUGGAAGAGGGGCCCUGGGGGCUAGGGAGCCCAGCUACUAUAGGGAGUGCUUUCUCCCAGCAGAGCUAUGGAGUUGCCAGGGAGGAGUGAGCUCCCUGUCACAGGAGGUGGGCAAGUGGGAACCGGAUACCCCCAGUGCAUUCAUGGACUGAGGUAUGAGGCAUCCGGGCAAUGGGUCCACACAGGCUCAGGUAGUUAGCUUCCCCAUAGGGGGAGCAUUUAGGGUGCACCUGGGGGGCCACCUUUUCUGGACAGCCUCCCCCCAAGAGGGAUGCCACUCAGGGUGGCAGCCUAGCCCCUUCCCUACUCCAGAAUUCUGGUGUUUGGGGCUUGCUGGCAUCCCCGCUUAAGAGGCUCUUGAGCUGGGAUGGCUGAAUCCCAGGAGACAUUGGCCUGUUGAUUCUGAAAGUGAGUGAUUCUUUCAUUUUGGCAGCUCUGGUCUGAAGCCUCCGGGAUUUGAGACCCACAGUUCUGGGCCCUUUGGGCCAGCUGGGUGUCAGGCUUUGGGCUCUCAGCCCCUCCUCCUUCUUUUGUAGGAGGGGCAGGCAGAGAUCCAUAUGAAUACACCCCUCUCAGGCCAGGCCCCUCGCAAUGGGAGGGAGUCAUCUGGGACAGAAGACCCAGGAGUUUUCGUUCACCAUUUCGGUGGAGAUGGGAAAACCAUAGAAGUAUCACAUAUAAGAUGAUACAGCUCCUCUUCGAUCUCCAAAUCCAUGAAGGAGGAGAGACAGGGAGAGGGAGGCACAGAGACAGACGUAGGCAGGCAGGAAAGCGAUGGGCCAUUCUCUCUCAUGCCCAAAGGUGACAGUGUCCAAAGAGGUCAUUUAAGAAAGUUUAUUCCCACUUGAAAUCUGAAAGCACCAGCAUCCCUUAAAGUCAUUGUCCUCAUUUUCCGCAGACCAGAAAUCCUUUUGAUUUUGAGAAGGGCAUAGGCCUUCACCUGGUGGUCUGGGCUGCAGCCCCAGGGAUGGAGGUGGGCAGGCAGGAUUCAGUCAGGGCUGGGGGGUUGCUUUGCUCUUAACGGGGGUCUCAGGAAAACGGGGCACCCACUCCUGCCCGCAUCCUCCAUGCUUCCGUCCCUUGGAGGCCCCCAAAUCCUCUUCCACUCAAGGGACAAGAUGGGGAGUCAAGAGGCUUGUUCUUUUUGCUCUGGGCUGCUGCUUGGUUGCUCUGUGACCCCUCUCAGUCUGCCCUUCUCUGGACAGUCUAGGGGUGGAUAGUCUUUCUGAGCAGGUACGGGCCUCCCUGUCAGGGCCAGAACCAUGCCCACUGGGCACCCUGCUCACACUCUCCCUGAGGGCCUGCAUUCCCUCUUCUCCCUCCACUUCCCCACACCCUGCUGCUCCCUGCGUUCCCUGGAGAGCCCUCCAUGCCAGGGCUGGACUGCCCAAUGCCUCUGCUAUCUUGGAUUCCUGUGUAAACACCCGCCCCAAGGUGAAAAGGUACUGCCCCCCCCAUCACAGGGGCACCGAGCAAAAGCCAAGAGCCCUCAGCCUGGGGGGCCAGGGGGUGCCACAGCAGAGACAUGGCCACUGGCAGCCGCAGCUGUGUGAGCUUAGGCAAGUUGCCUAGCCUCUCUGGGCCUCUGUCAAGUGACAGGGCUGGACAGGCUGCACUCCCAGGGCCUCUCGGCUCAGGAGAGCUGCGUUCGACUGCCGGUGGGAAGAAGCAUCCCCUCCCCGACCAGUGCCCCCUGCCUCCUCCGGCUGAGGCCUCUGCCAUCUCCCAGACGUAUGCAACCAGGCCCGGCAGGUGGCCCCUGGCCGUGGCCAGCCUUCUCAUAUGCAAUAUUCUGGCUUCUCAUGGGGGUCAUAGAUCCCAGACUUGACAUUUCCCGAUGCCCGUCCCCGGUGAGCGUCCUGCCUGCCUAUGCAUUUUGGGUACAGCUCCUGUGACCUGCCCCUCCCACCCCCAAAAGCUGUAUUUUUCUCUGGCUGAGAUUAGAGCAUAUUCCUUGUAAAGUAUUUUUCUACAUGGGGUUUUCUUAGGGCUCUUGGAAACACAGGCCAAGGGGCUGUGUUGCAAAGGCCAUUUGGGGUCUCUUUGGGGCCCGUGUAUAAAUCUGUUCUGCCAGGGGUUGCAGUGACUUAGGAGCUGGGGGGGGAGGGGCUGCUGUUGGGAUGAUUUUUUUUAAAUAAAAUUAUUUAA